AUAUUUAUUUGAGAGGAGGAAGGAAUUGUACAUUUUGGCGUCCAAGGAGCAUAGCGUAAGUUUGCUUGAUGACCACCUUGUUUGAACAACCGACAACUGAAGAUAUUACAUUAUUUUGACGUUUUGAACUUGCUUUAUCGAUACGUGACGGUAAACUGUUCCCCAAUCGGGAUUAAGAAGUGUACUCGAAUCUCAUUUGUUGCUCGAGGAUAGAGGGCGCUGUUCAUAAUGAGUGGUCUCUACCAGGCUACGUGCCAGGUGAUGAAGCUAGUUAUUUUGCUUUUUACCUGCAAUUUUACACUAGCAGGUGAUUUUGCAUUGAUCGCUGAUCUUUCUAAUAACAGCAUUUAUGCGGGAAGCAUUGGCAAGGCCCUUGUCGAUUUGACACCGCUCCCUCUCAGUGACUUAAAGGGUCCAUUGGCCGUUGACUACGACCCAGUGAUGGAAAUGGUUUACUGGACUGAGGUUCAAGGUGUGCCUUCUCCAAAGAUAUCUAGAGCUCAUCUGAACGGCAGCAAUCAAAUGACACUCGUUGAAAGCCUCAGAGUACCGGAUGGUUUGAGUUUGGACCUGACUUCUCGCAUGAUGUACUGGACGGAUAUGGUUUAUAUGCACAUUAUGCGAGCCACUAUGGAUGGUGAAAACAAAGAAGUUAUCGUUGAAAAUAUUGGAUCCCCUAGAGCCAUCUUUGUUCACCAUCUAUCGGGGUUCAUCUACUGGACCGACUGGGGGGAUUUCCCUAAGAUUGAGAGGGCAGAUCUAGACGGGGGAAAUAGGAUAACCCUGAUUGAAGGAGAGUUGGGCUGGCCAAACGGAAUAUUAGUCGAUCACGAAAAUAACAUGAUGUAUUGGUGCGACGCCAGCCUCGACAAGAUAGAACGAAGUGAUCUUCUUGGAGAAAAUCGGCAGGUCGUCAAAAAUUUGACGGAGCUUAAUCUCCCUUUCCAUCCUUUUGAUUUGGCUGUUUACAAAGAUGAAAUAUAUUGGACUGAUUGGAACUAUGUAGCUCUUCUUAGGGUGAACAUAAAUGGUCUAGGGGAGCAGGUCUUUGGGCCACGCGUAUUCGAACGGGCUGCAGGACUACACAUUCAAUUAGAACCCGACUAUUGUGAAAGUUCCCCGUGUGAGACUGGAGCGACAUGUGUGGACAUCAUCAACGGGUUUCAAUGUUUGUGUCCUCCCGGAACUGCAAUAUGUUCUCAAGAUUCUUCAGAUGCUGGUUGUAUGUUUACCAGUGACCAAAAAGAUAGCGCAACUAUUGUACCGAAUAAAGAUAUCUACCGACCCGGGGAACAAGUGGUGAUUUCUUGCCCAAGUGGAUACAGAGUCAGUGGAUCUAUCGAACGGAUUUGCAGAUCGGAUUUGACAUGGUCGGGAGAAGCAACUAUGUGCAUUGCCGAAGAAUCUGGAUGUAUAAUUCCUCGUGACGAUUCAAGCGAUAUUGACGUCAUACCAAAUAAGGAUAGUUACUUAACAGGCGACCGUGUUAAGUUUAGCUGCCCCAACGGGUUUCUGCUUAGCUCAUCAGCCGAACAGAUUUGUCUUUCGAACUCGACAUGGUCUGGAGAACAACCUCACUGUGUUGUAGAUCCGGAAAGUCAAGAAGAAGAAUUUCCUGUGGUUGUCGUUAUCGGCGGAGGUGCCGGGUUGUUCAUCAUGAUCUUGAUAGUUGUUUUCAUCAUUUGUAUAAGCAGGUCGCGACCGCGAAGUUCCAACACCACCAACACCGGUAGUCCUUACGACGAUAACCAUUACUCCAACCCACUUGCAUAUGAAAAUCACAUCGAGCCCAUAUAUGAAAGCAACUUCGUCAUCAAGCCCGGAACUGAGUCUAGCCCCCCAAUGACGUACACAACUUGCAUAUAAAACUCAGUGUGAAUCACGGUCAGACACAUAGCGUGGACUGAACAAAAAGAAGACAAGUAAAAGGGAUAUCAAAAUCUUCACAGACAACAAACUGUUGGUAAGUUACCGCCACGGCGCUGUUAACUUAACAGGCCGAAAUUUAGCCGCGGUUACUUAU